AUGCAAGCACUUCUUAGCUUUAAACAGCAUCUUACCGAUCCCUCCGGUAGGCUCUCUUCUUGGGCUGGCCACAAUUGCUGCCACUGGAAAGGAGUUUCAUGCGACAACAGCAGUCGUCGUGUUACAAAGAUUGACCUCCGCAACACAUAUGAAGAUCGCUUGUUUGAUGAUUACGGUGGCGAUUAUGGUGAAGAGCGGGACGAGGCAGCUUAUGAAGCGUCUUUCUUGAGGGGUAAGAUAACUUCAUCUCUGCUCAGCUUGAAGCACUUAAGCUACCUAGACCUGAGUGACAAUAACUUGCAAGGGAUUAGCCUUCUUUGCCAACUUCAAAGUUUGAGAUAUCUCAACAUCUCAUUUGCAUCAUCUGAUGGAGGGAUUCACAAUUGCUUUUUCAAUCUUACCAACCUCAAAAAACUUGAUCUAAGUGGCAUUUCUUUCAGUGGUCAUUUUCCAAGCGAACUCGCAGGCCUCAAAUCUUUGGAACACCUUGAUUUGUCUCAUAAUUUUCUGAAAGGUAAAAUUCCCAAACUCAUUGGAAACUUUUGCAAUCUAAAGUUCUUAAGUCUCGAGGACAACACAUUAGAUGCGGGGAUUCAAGAGCUUUUGAGUGGUUUCUCAAAUUGUACCAAUAAUAGACUAGAGUCACUAGAUUUGUCUAUUAAUAAGUUUGUAACAGAAUUACCUGCCUCUUUAGGAGUGCUAACAAACUUGCAGCAUCUUCACCUUGAAGGCAACUCAUUUUGGGGAUCAAUACCAACUUCUGUUGGAAACUUGUCAUCCUUGAAAACUCUAAACCUUCGAGGUAACAACAUGUAUGGGUCCAUUCCUGAAAGUUUUGGGCAACUUUCUGAGUUAGUUGACCUGGGUUUGUCUCAGAAUUCAUGGAAAGGCAUUGUAACAGAAACACAUUUGAUGAAUCUCACUAGAUUGCGACAUCUCGAUGUGUCCACAGACGAACCUAUGUCACUAAUUUUCAGUGUGGCUUAUGAAUGGGUUCCUCCUUUCAAGCUCUACACAAUUGACAUUACCAAUUGUAGAGUUGGUCCUGCUUUUUCUGUAUGGCUUCAAUGGCAGACCGAACUAUCUGAUGUCACCCUUCACAACACUGGAGUCUCAGACUCUAUACCAGAAGAAUGGUUCUUGAAGUUAUCUUCCAAACUCCAACAUAUGGAUUUAUCUUACAACCAAAUCCAUGGAAGGCUUCCAUUUCAAUUCAAAUGUCCAUAUUUAUAUCAUAUAGAUUUGAGUCACAAUCAUUUUGAAGGUCCACUCCCACUUUUAUCUUCUAAUGCCUCUAUCCUCGAUUUUCAAAGCAAUUUAUUUUCAGGGCCUAUUCCCUUAGAUUUUGGACAACUGAUGCCCAAAUUGGAAAUUUUGUAUCUGUCUGAGAAUCAUUUGAAUGGUGCUAUUCCAGCCUCUCUUUGCAACAUGCAAAACUUGUCAAUGCUCUCCCUAAGGAGGAACCAGUUAAGUGGAGAAUUCCCUCAAGCAUGGAGUCUGUGGCACAAUAUAAUGGUAGUAGAUGUGGCAGACAAUAAUCUCUCUGGCAAUAUUCCAAGUUCAAUGGGUGUCCCAAGUUCUCUUAUCAUAUUGAAGAUGAACAACAACAAUUUUGUCGGCAAAAUUCCUUCUGGUUUGAAAAAUUCAACAUCUUUGUGCAGCAUUGAUCUUGGAGGCAACAAAUUUACUGGAAGUGUUCCUUGGUGGAUUGGAUCAAACUUGUCCAUGUUGUCUACUCUACGAUUGCGAUCCAACUUGUUAAGUGGACAUAUCCCCCACCAGUUGUGCUAUCUUCCCUACCUUCACAUCCUAGACCUUGGCGAUAACAACUUUUCUGGGACAAUUCCCAAGUGUUUGGAGAAUUUGACUGCUCUGACCGUUUUUCCAUACAAUAAUUAUACCAUGCCUACAUAUUAUGAUGUUCAAACCUCAGUUGUGUCAAAAGGAAGUGAACUCGUUUAUUACAGGACGGCUUUGGAAUGGGUAUAUAGCAUUGAUCUUUCAUCAAAUAAUUUAGAAGGUGAAAUCCCUGAAGAAAUAACCAGCCUCAUGUCAUUAGGGACCUUGAACUUGUCAAGAAAUCAAUUAAGGGGAAGAAUUCCCCCAAAGAUUGGAAAUUUACGAUGGUUGGAAAGUCUUGACCUCUCACACAAUCACCUUUGCGGACAAAUUCCUCAGAGUUUCUCCUCAUUGACAUUCUUGUCUCAUGUGAACUUGUCUUAUAACAACUUGAGUGGAAGAAUUCCUUUGGGGAACCAACUCCAGACGCUCGAUGACUCAUCCAUUUAUGGGGGCAAUCCAUCACUCUGUGGCCUUCCUCUUUUAACCAAGUGUCCGGGGGACGACACACCUAAUAGACUACCUUUUCCUUCUAGUGGGGCAGGAGAAAACAAAGAUGAAGGUGAUGAAGGAAUGCUUUGGUUCUAUGUCAGCAUCAUGCUCGGCUUCAUUGUAGGCUUCUGGGGUGUUUGUGGCACAUUACUCAUAAAGAAGUCAUGGAGGUAUGCCUAUUUUCGAUAA